CUUCUUAUAGCGCUGGGUAAAGAGUUCUUUCCCUAGGUUUCAGUAGAGAAAUUUUGGACAAUUUCCACAGAUGGAAGGAUGCUUGGAGGCUCGCGGUGCAUUCUACUUUGCCAGAACUACCUCCCCUUAAAACCUUUAAACCAAAGUUUGCGCUGCCGGAACUUGAUUCAUACGAUGGCGUGUUUCCUACCUGGUUUUGGGCUUUAGCUCCGUCAAAUUACAAUUUUCCUGGUAUCUCGCUAGUUGACGGUGAAAAACUGAGAGCGUCCGCACUAGAGUUCGGUUAUCAAGACUUGGAAACCUUGAACAAAGUUUGUGCCGACUUGCAAUGUGGAGCAGACAUUGGCUGUUCAGGAUCUUUCAGACUGCCGUCUAAGGCUACUAAUGCACCUAGUGCUUUUGAAAACGGCAGGCAGGUGACAGAUGCAGUUUGUGAUUGGCUUGCAAAAGGUUUUGCUUAUGGACCUGUGCCUUUAGCUCAAGUACCUGAGAAAGCGAAAUUUAGCGGGAUUAUGACUAGGCCCAAGCCUAACGGCUCUGUGAGAAUAAUCUUGAACUUGAGUGCCCCGCUAGGAAUGGCCGUUAAUGAGGGCAUCGACAACAACCAGUUCCCUACUUCAAUGUCCUCCACUACUAAGUGGCUGAGGGUGUUGCGCCGAGCUGGUAAACAUGCAAAAAUGUGUAAAGUAGAUUGGUCUGACGCGUAUAAGCAUGUUGCAGUUCGUUCGGAGGACACUGAUCUGCAGUGGUUUCAGUGGGGUGGUCAAGCUUUUAAAGAGUUAUGCCUUAUCUUCGGUUGUGUCAGCAGUGCCGGUAUUUUUGACCGCCUAGCGAAAAUUGUCCUUUUCAUUGUGGUACAGAAAUCUCGCUUCCGUGAGGAUAUGGUGUGCCAACACCUGGAUGACUGCUGCGCCGCUGCACCUUUUGACUCAGAUGCGCUAGAGCGUUAUGACGCAACUUUCACUGAAGUUGCAAUUAAUCUCGGGGUGAAGCUAGCUCCCCGGGACGACCCAGAGAAGUCCUUUGGUCCUGCUCAAUCUGGCAUUAUUCUUGGCAUACGCUAUGACACUGUGGCUUGGACCUGGGCGUUGCCGGAAGAGAAAUUAUUUCGGCUUCUGCACCUCCUGCGUUCCUUUUUACAAGUUGAUCAAUGUCAGCAACAUCUUAUUUGGACGGCUGUGGGGAAGCUACAGCAUAUUAAACCUUUGGUGCCAACCGGACGGUUCUGCAUAGACCACCUGAUUCGCGCUAACUCGUUUUCGUUAGAGCGUACUUUUAUGGUCCCUCUUUGCAGUGGGUUUAAGAGGCAAGCUUGGUUCUGGUUCUCUAUGCUUCGACUGUGUUCUGGCUCCGGCCCAAUACCUGACCCGGACUUGGGGCUGCCUCCAUGGGCAAUUGAUGUGUUCACCGACUCAGCUGGCGGGGCCUGGGAGGGCUUGAAGGGUGCUGGAGCUUGCACUCCGACUUGGUGGGCUUUCUCCCCUUGGUCGGCCAAGAUUAAUCGAGGGGGCAUGGGUCCUUCAAACCGUAAGUUGGGGCGUAUGAUGUCUGCGCUCGAGCUGGUAGGGCCUUUGCUGGUAGUGGCAGCUGGUUACCAAUGGUGCCGCAAUAAGCCUGUUAGAAUUUGGGUAGACAACGCGGGCUCUGUUUUUAUUUGGAAGAAGGGCUACAGCUCUAGCUGUCUUCUUUCCUCAACUCUAGUAAAAGCUAUAGCUUCGGUCGCGGCUGGGCUAGGCAGCCAGGUUGACCUGGUGAAGAUUACUCGGUGUUCUACGCCUCUGGCGGACAUGGCAGACGCGCUAUCCAAGUGUGCCUUUUCUAGAUUUCGGGAAAUUGCUUUUGGGGCAGGUUAUACCACACUGCCUUUGGAGCCGGCUUGGAUUCCAGCUCCCAUCACUGCCUGGCUUCUUGACCCAGUUCCGGAUGAUUUCCUUGGGGAUAAAAUCCUCAAUGAACUAGCUAAGAGAACCCUGGUGUUGGGGGUUAACUGCUAGAGCUGCUUAGGAUGGUUCGUGACCUCAGCGCCUGCUGUGGUUGCCUCUUAUGCCUUCCUUUUCCUCUUUUACCCUGUUCUCUUCUCACUCCGUUCACUGCUACUCUUGCCAG